CGAAGUUGAAUGCCAGCGCAUUCGGUCAAUCGCUGCAACUCUAUGUCAACAAUAAAUUUUCAGAACAUAAAAAUCUCGCGAUAGUGGGGAGGAAUGUUAAAAUUUAUGCGAUUUUUUGUCACGUAGAUUUUAUUCAUAAUUAAUCCGUUAUAAUUGCAUUCAUAUGUUUCCACUAGUUUUUAUUGGGAAUUGGGAUUAAGAUUGGGUUUAGUUUAGCAGCCGCUAAAAGAAAAAUUGUGAAACGUCAACAAAAGUGCGUGUCAGAUAAGGGCUAAAUUUUCUAGAUCUCUGGAGAAUGUCUGGGAAUAUCCUAACGAUGGACGGAGAAUUGAAUUAUAUAGUUCAGUGGUUUAAUGAGUGGAGUGAACUACAGCGACAGGAUUUUCUGCCCAUCCUCCUUGAAUGCCUCUCCCCAGAACCCUACGUCAAUGGUCUUGUGGGCGGAAUGGCAGAGGCAUCGUGCAAUGACAAACCCAUGAGUCUGUUCCAGUGUCGGGUAAAGCUCUUCCGUGAGUGGUCUAGCAAAUGGCCUCAAAAUAUCAAAGAGAAACUUAGCGAGAAAGUAGCCGAAAUUGAUCCCGGAUUUGGAGACAAAUUCACUAGUGAAUUACAGACUUUGAUGACAAAUGGAAAUGGAACUAAUUCUUCAGCUCCAGAAUCCGAUACAUCCCCUGUAGUCCCUGUAGCUGUUCAGGACAACUAAAAGAUUGACCCAAAAGUGAAUCAUUUAGGAUUCAUCCCGGCAUUCCUACUGAAUAUCAUCUAGGCUCUCUCGAAAACAGGAUUAUAUCUCUUCCAGCAUUUAUAUAAAAUGGAACUAUAACAAUAAUUUAUCUCUAAAACAUUGCGAUAUAGCAUCCAUAAUUUGCGCCCUAAAUCCUUUUUAUUAUUUAUAAAAGAUAGCCAUUAACUUUUUUUUCCCAGAUUUAGUAUCACAUUCCACUUCUGAACUCAUUGUGAUUAACUAACACAUAUGGAAGAAAAAAUUAUUAGAAGAUCAUUUUUCUAAGUAAGAUGUUGGAGUAUCAGUUUUGUAUAAGAUAUUUUUCUAUUAUAUUCCCUGAAAUAAAUUUUUUGAAAAAUAUAGCCCUAUAACGAACGUA